UUAGCUCGCGGCGUGUGUCAAGAUUGGGCGAAAAUGGGUGCCAAUUUCCUCGGCAAGCUAGUUCGGAUAACUUUUUCGCAACCGCCAAACCGCGCAAAUCGUGAAGAGUUGGCCUCAUUCGAUCUCCACCUAGCUAGGAACGUGAAAAUAGAGUUUUUAAGAGACCCGUCUUGUUCGUGCAUCGAUGCUUGUUCAUGUUCAACAAAUAUGCCCAAAAAUUUUGAAAACAUUUUGCCCCAUAUUCACGACAAGUUGGAAACACUCGAGUUCUCUGGGGUCAAAGCGUCUAAGCCACUACAGGACAUUUGGACCACUUAUGAUUUCCCACGCCUCACCAAGAUCUCGAUCAUCGCCAAUAUUAACCCUGGCGAUAGGCAGGCGCCACCACCACAGGAAAUUGCUCAAUUUCGACCACUCCCAAGUCUGAAGUCAUUCUGCUUAGAAAUGUCGCCUUCAAAUAUAAAUUCGCAGUCAAAGGCUUGGAUGGCUGCCAUUUGCGACAACCUGGUCAAGUCGGCCUCCAACCUGAAGAAGUGGACCUGGAUCAAAAUUCCUAUUUGGACUUGACGGCGUGUGAAAAAAUUAAAAAGUUGGGGUCUAAGAGUCGAUGUGGUUCACAAUUGGAAAUUUUAGAGAUGACGAGGAUGCUAGAUAGUUGUCGAAAUUCCUUGGAAAGUUUGUCCUUAGAACAUUUUGCCUGCAAUACGAACCCCAGACAGCUGGACUUGCACCUGCCGAAUCUCACGCAGCUAAUUCUAUAUGCUUGCGACAUGAAAAUUUUCAAGGACUUGGUCAAGGAAACAAACCUACCAAAAUUGGCGCAGUUCUCAAUCUCCUUCAUCAACCUUACCGCCGUUAACAGGAUUUCUAAAUUUAUGGAAAACCACAAUGUGCGGCACGGUGGGGUAAGGUCGGUGGAUCUGUGUUGCUCCCCUAUUCGGGAUGACGUAGCCGACGAAGAAGAACCCGCCUUAACCUUGGUCAGUUGUUUCUCGGGCGUCAAUAAAUUUAAAUUGACGUUUAAGACUUCAUUCCUCUCCGAUUAUGCUCACAAAUUUGUGGCCUUGACGGAAAUGAUGGCAUCUUUGGGCGGCUGGGAUUUGACAUGUGGGGAGAUAGACGUCGAGAUGGUCCCACAUUUCUUUGCAUCCGAGUACAAGGGCCCUCGCGAUCUCGACUUUGGCUCGGCACUGGUCAUUGCCGUAUUAGCAGGAAUGGCGAAUUGGAGAGGUUUGGCGAAGACGUCACUGAAAUUUAUUGGUCAUCAGAUAAACACAACAAAUAACAACAACAAAUAAAUAAAGCCCAACUGAAUUUUUCGAGACCACCCAAACUUAAGCUUGAGGACUAGACAAAUAUUAUUCUACGUUGUAAAGACAAGUGAAUGUGACCUUGAAUACUAUUUGCGUCCUAACACAACAAGGAAUACACUCUUAAAAAUGACCCCACCCGU